AUGCUAACGUCUCACCUCCCUAUUCAUUUUCUUAUGGCUGUGAUACAAUUUCUUACUGUGUUCUUCAUAAAUGGCUUCAUUGUGCUAGUAAACAUCAUGGACUUCAUCAAGCACAGACAAAUGGCUCCUUUGGAUCUGCUUAUUUCCUGCUUGGCAACGUCGAGGAUUUGUCAGCAGGUGCUCACCUUCCUUGUGCAUCUGACUCAUCUCUCCAUCAUUAAAAAUAUGAAAUUUACUGAGUAUUAUAUACUUUUCAUGUUUGUAAAUAUUUGUGGGAUUUGGUUGGCCACAUGGCUUGGUGUUUUCUACUGUGUCAAGAUUGCCACCUUCCCACACCCACUGUUCUUCUGGCUGAAGAUGAGGAUAUCCAAGUUGGUGCCAUGGCUGAUCCUGGGGUCCAUACUGUAUGCAUCUGUCUGUACUGGCAUCCAUACUAUAUAUAUAUGGACUAUCACCCAAAAAUUCUUCAUCAACUUUUUCCACAAAAAUGCAACUCAAACUGAAGAAAUAGAUAUUAUACCAUUUUCACUUUUGUUUAUUCAUUUUACAGUGCCAUUAAUUGUCUUAUUUAUUGCUGUUCUGCUCUUGAUAUUCUCCCUGGGGAGACAUACCCAGAACAUGAGAAUCAUUGCUACAGGAACCAGGGACCACAGCAGGACCUCCCUCUUCAGGGCCAUGCUGUCCAUCCUGUCUUUCUUAAUCCUCUACUUCUCCCACUACACCAUCAUCAUUUUGUUCUUCUUUCACAUUUUGCAGUUUGGAAGCUUCUCUUUUGUUUUCUGCACCGUGGUGGCUGGCAUCUACCCAUCUAUACACUCUGUCAUCUUAAUUUUAGGAAAUCCUAAACUGAAACAAAAAGCAAAAAUGUCCCUGCUCUGUGGUCAGUGUGGUCAGUGA